CGGAUUUCAUUUCUAGGAUUUGCUAAUUGACGAAACUGAUGUUUUAGCCUUUUGUAGCUAGGGUUUUUGGGUGUUGAUUUUUAGCGACUUUCUGUUUGACUCGUGGAUUCUGGCUUUUAGGUUUAGGCAUAGCACUAGGAGGUAUCUGCGAGCAAUGUUGCUGUGCGUUUUGUAUUAAUUUGUUCCUUACAUCUAUGUUUUCACCGAGCGUGGUGUCUGCUGGCAAGUAUUAUCUUGAUUGUGCUGAUAGAUUCUAUGAAAUGCUCUGAUUUAACUAAAGUUUCACGAGAAGCACUACUCGCACUAGAUGGCAGACUAUUCUGUUAUACCAUCAUGUGCUAAAUUGCAACUACAGAGAAUUGUGCCAAGAGGAAAUAUUCUCAUGCCUAGGAAUGUAAAUUUGAGGAAUCGACCACGGGAUUGCCUUCUCUUUGGUAGAAGUCAUAAGUCAUAUUUUUCAUCAUCAAGACUUUAUAUUGUUCAACCUGCCAUUCUUAUUUGUGCAAAUGAAAUUCGUGGCUUGAAUGCAAAUUUCUCUAAGUGUUGUUGCUGGGGAAUGCUUGUUGACCCGGAGAAUGCAGCACCAUCAAAUUUGGUUUCUGCCAUGGAUGAAGUGCUUCUGAUGGUUAGUGUCAUCUUGGCAUAUAUGGCUGGGGCUGUGCCACAGAGGAAGAAUUUUGAUUUUAUGAGUCACUACGCAAAGGAAAACUUGGGUUCAUCAUCUCCUAUGUCUUAUGGUAGGUCUGAAAUAAGCGAGAACAUAACCAGUUCGAAGACAAAUACCAUAUGGGAUGAAGUUAACGGGAAACUUCUUGAUGCAUUGGAUACAACUGGUAAUGGUGUUACUUUGGAUAACAAAGCUGUUGAUAUUGCAGAUGUCAGUCAAAAAGAUGCUUUAAGUCUCUUUGCGCUCAAUCAAGGUCCUACUUGGAGAUUGCUUUGGACUACUUUAUGGAGGCUACAAAAAGAGGUUAGUAAUAUUCAUUCAUCUCAUGAAGCUGUUAACCGAGGUGCCUGGCUAGUGGUGGUAUCAGAAAUCUUUAAAGCAAUAGUUACACAAAUAUUAACCAAAUGGUUGGAACAGGAACUCUCUUUGGGUGCUGGUGGCCGCAACAUGAAUCCUGUUGUCCAGCUGUCUGAGAAAUUGAAGGGAAAUGAUGUGGUACUAAACAAUAUAAAGAGAUCAGGGAAGACUGAACUAUAUGCAGAUAUUUUGUUCUUUCUCAGAUUUGAUUCUCUCAGCAGGUCGGGAUGCUGUUUUGACACAAACUUUCUUGUUAAACAUGGGGUUGAAAUUCUAGAGGAUUUGGUGAUAACAUUGGCUGAUGCAGUUGCUUGCAUAUAUCUAGAGCUUAUUUCUGUUGAUAGUGACAUGUCAAUUGAAAUAAAUUCGUUGGGCUUAAAAAUAUGCCCCCUUUCUACAAGAGUACUUCAGAGAUUACGCAAUGAGGUUGUAUUGAAGCAGUGGCUACAACAGAACUUUGAAUCAGUUGUCUCUUUGUAUGAGGACCGCUUCGAGUUAUUUGUCUUAUUCAGACAAAAGAAGGAUGAUCAACUUGAUUGUCAAACUACAAAAUCUAUUUGGAAAAAACUCUUCUUCACCACACAAGCAGUUCCAUCCGCAUUGAACUGUGUUCAGAUCAGCUCACUUUCCUUGAAUGUUAAACGCACCAAAGAAUUGCAAGCUUUGACUGGAUGGAGAUACUAUUUCAGCUUGUUUCUGGAAUUCUCUGAUGUUGCGAUGCCAUUGGUGAAAGCUUUUUUUGAGAAGGCAAGGAGUGCUGUAUCUUUCUUUCUUGUGUGCAUGAUUGGUAGGUCUUUAGGACUUGUUUUUUCCGGGAUAAGGCAGUCCCUGGGUUGGAAGUAAGAAGGUAAUUUUUUUUUUUUUUUUCAUAAUUACUGCACAGCUUAUUUUUGUGCAUCAAUUUUCAUUGUAGGAUGGGAAUAUGAUUCGUAAAUAUCCUUAAAAUUGAUUACUUGCCCUUCUAUCUUCAGUUUUGAAUUUGCAAAUAGAAGAGAGAAAUUGUAGGCUAUUUGAUUAUCAAUUUUGCCAAGCAACCUCCAAAUUUAAUCUUGUAAUUCCGCGGGGGCAAGCCAUUCAAAGGCUAAUGUAAUUCUGAUGUUGUUAAAUUGCAUCUUUUACUGAUUGGUAUUUGUCAAUUCAUUUUCUGGUGUCUUAAA